GGGAUGGGUACCUUCAUCGAGGGUAGGGGUGCCCUCAGGAGAGCCUCCGUGAACUCGCCUGUCCGUUCCUGCGCCAACAACUCAUUGGGGUGCCAUGCUAAAUCGUGGGGGCCGCCUGGCUGUCAACCUCCUUUUCAGGCCCUAAUUCUAUGCUCCCUCACCUAAACUGGAUGUACUUGGGGAAGGUCCCUCUGAUCAGUCAUGCCAAAGAGGAAAGUGACCUUCCAAGGCGUGGGCGAUGAGGAUGAGGAUGAAGCCAGUGUUCCCAAGAAGAAGCUCAUAGACCCUGUGGUUGGGGUAGGGGGCCCUGGGAGCCGCUUCAAAGGCAAACACUCUUUGGACAGCGACGAGGAGGAUGAUGAUGAUGAGGGGUCCAGAAAAUAUGAUAUCCUGGCCUCAGAGGAUGUGGAAGGUCAGGAAGCAGCCACACUUCCCAGUGAGGGAGGUGUGCGGAUCACUCCCUUCAACCUGCAGGAAGAAAUGGAGGAGGGCCACUUUGAUGCUGAUGGCAACUACUUCCUGAACAGGGAUUCUCAGAUCCGAGACAGCUGGCUGGACAAUAUUGACUGGGUGAAGAUCAAGGAGCGGCCUCCUGAUCAGCGCCCACAGUCAGACUCAGAGGAAGAGGAGAGCGUGGGCCAGACACCAAUGAGUCCCCAAGCCCUUCUGGAGGGCCUUCUGGAGAUUCUGUUGCCAAGAGAGACAGUGGCUGGGGCACUGAGGCGUCUGGGGGCCCGAGGAGGAGGUAAACAGGGCAGCAAGGGGCCUGGGCGGCCCAGUUCCCCCCAGCGCCUGGACCGGCUCUCCGGGUUGGCUGACCAGAUGGUGGCCCGGGGCAACCUUGGCGUAUAUCAGGAGACAAGGGAACGGUUAGCCAUGCGGCUGAAGGGGUUGGGGUGCCGGACCCAGGGAGCCCCUGAUCCCACACCCCCACCCUCUCUGGACAUGUUUGCUGAGGAAGUGACAGAGGGGGAGCUGCAGACCCCAACUCCUACCCAGAGAGGAGAAGCAGAGUCUCCAGGAGACGGUCUGGUGGACGUGAUGUGGGAAUACAAGUGGGAGAACACAGGGGACGCUGAGCUGUAUGGGCCCUUCACCAGCACGCAGAUGCAGACCUGGGUGAAUGAAGGCUACUUUCCGGAUGGUGUUUAUUGUCGGAAGCUGGACCCCCCCGGUGGACAGUUCUACAACUCCAAACGUAUUGAUUUUGACCUCUAUACCUGAAUUUGCUGGGGCCGGGUUUGGUGGCCCUUGUUUUCCUGGACUCUGGAGGAGGCCCCAGCUGCCUUAGGCAAUGAGGAUAUUGGAGGCCACUUUCAGUCACUUUCCCUUCCCCAAUAAAAGCUGUUAGUUGUGUAUGAAGGCCUUGGCUGUGCUGAUGGCCAGAAGCCAGCAAUCCCUGCCACAGUCCCUUUGAACUUGUUCCUUGAAUGAUUCCUCUGAUGAAGUUCUUUCUCGUGAAUUUCUGGUCCCUUGAAACACCUUCACCAUUGUUUACCAAUUGAAGGACAGAGCUGGGGCCUA